AUGCCAGCAAAACGUCAAAAGGGUACCCGUAAAACCAGUGUUCAAUCGUUGGAAGCUGCUGCCCCUGUCCAUCCAGAGCCGCCGAAUGUUUUUUUGUAUAUACAACUGGCAAAUAUCUGCCCGACCACCCUGCCGAAGACGAUCCAUCCAUUGGAGAUCCAUUUAAGGCAGGGCGACAGUUUGAUCAUCAAGUGCGAGGAGCACUACAACACCGAAGGGAUUAUCCGGCAGAAUGAGUUCAAUACGAAGCCCACAUUCACGUUGGUCUUCCAGCAGGACAACCUGGACCGCAUCAACCAUGCAGCCAACAAUCCGCUCCUUGUUAUGUUCUACAUGCGGCAGAGCGAUAUAACCAGCGAUUAUAACGGCGAGGAGGCGGAGGAUGGUGAAUUUAUUGACGAUCCACAGGUGCUUUCCGUGGCGAGCAUUUUUGACGAUGGUUAUGAUGAGCACAGGGAGAUCGACUAUCACCCGGGGAAUGAGCAGCUGGUGCUGCUCAGCGCUGGCUAUCUGGACGUGAUCAAGCUGUUCGGUCAUCAUCGCAGCAUGAUCAGAGAGUGUCUCUACCUCUAUCCCGUACCCGAUGUGCCCCAAGAGCUCCGCACCACCGUCCACACGGAUUGGGAUCUAUAUACACUGCUGCCCAUUGCCAAGGAGCUGACUUUCACCAACAUGGCCUUCAUCACCUUCGAGUCCAUCUACAAUCUAAAGGAAGAGUACCUGCUGAACGUGGACUCCAUGAUUGUGAGGAUCAGCUUUCGCUCGAAGCUGCCCAACCAGGGAAACGAAUUCCAGUUGAUUCCACUGUGCGAGUUCUCGAACUUGGAACAGGACUGCAUAAGCAAGCAGUUCAUUCACCAUGUCUUCGAGUACUUCCGCCAGACCAUCCCGGAAUACAAAACCACCGGCCUGAAGUCCACCAUGGAGGUGGAGAUGCACAAGCUUUUCUCGCAGCUCGCCCUCUCCGAAGGCCUGGAGGUUGAAUUUGGUAUGAUUGACACUAUCUUUGAUGAGGCGAUCAUCUGCAAUGGCUUUCAUCGCUAUAUCCUCACCAAGGCGAUGGCCGAUGCUCUGUGCAAUGCUAUUGUAUGCCAGCAGUAUGACUUGGCAGUGGAAGUUUUCCAGUCGAGCUCCAGGAACUCCUACCAUAAGGUGUUCCAGGGCAUCCUGGAUCCGGCUAUAAUGCUAUAUCCAGGAGUGCAAACCAUGCGCUUUGCCGUCGCGUUGGAAUACGUGGGCAAGAGGAAGUCCCGAGCCAAGCGGCAGACGAUCGUGAGCAUCCUGAGUCAGCGGAGUGGCAAGAACGAGACUAUGCUGCCGACGUUUGCCAUCAUUAAGCUCUGCCUGCUGGCUCCGAUCGGCGCGAUCUACCAGGAGCUAAAGGUAUUCCGCGAGAGCUUCAUUAGCCAGAACCGCCUGCUAUUUUGCGAUCAGCCCUACAAAGAGUCACUUGUAGCGGACUUGGCGGAGACCCAGCGAGAGUCCUAUGCUCGUUUCGACAAGUUCAUGCGCGAUACCAUCGGCUUUAUUCUCAGUAAGAGCGUAAAGGCCAUCGAGGAUCGGAAACCACACUUUUGCUGCGACAUCCACAACCUGACGAACAUCCUGCUGAAGCUCUUGGGCAGCGUGUUCAAUACGCGCACCCCCACCAAAACAAGUGUGGAAUUUAAGAACCUGUGCGCCGACGCCUAUAAUGAGCUGGAGCCCCGAAUCUAUAGAAUAUUGAACAGAGUCGAGGAUGCGGGCUUCGAUAAUUUCGUUGUUCAUCCCCAAAUUCAAAUGGAUGAAAUUAUCGAUUAUAUCAAUGCCAUCAAACUGCUGUACGCUGUCAAGGAUGAUCGUAUGGCUCAGUAUGUGCUUGAGAAGGCUUGCACCGAAAAGUCAUAUGAUGAUCGAUUGAAUUUUUUUAUGGUUAUCGUGCAUAUGGAACGGUGCGAAUAUGCCGAUGUAAAGGCGUAUUUUAACUCGCAGGAAUAUCGGGUGCCGGAAAACUAUGAAUACUUUGCAGACUGGAUUAAGCUGUACCUAAAAUACCUAGAUACGCGGGACGAUCCGGAAACAGCUGCGAAUAGUACGGAGUGCCUGUUACGUAGCCUUUUUGAGUUCACGAAGGCAAAUCCACUAAUGCAUGAAGGCUGGAUCCUGCUAUUCUGCUACUAUACGAAGUUCAAAUAUGAGCCCGGAUGUGCCUAUGCCCGUUGGCAAGGCAACUUUGCCACUAUGCAAAUGAAGCAAGGCCGUCAUGGUGCUUCCACAUCUCCGUACAGUUUGUGGGGCAUAUUUCUGACUAUCCUUCCGGAAUUCUCAACGAUUCGCGGCACUGUAUUCUUUGAUGUUGUCAAAACAUUCGUGCGCUUGGGCCUCUACGAGUUCGCCCAAGUGGUGUUCAGCGUUGUGGAAGAUAACUGCUCCGAAGCAAAUCGAUAUAUGAUCAAUACUCAGCUGAAGAUUCUACUCAAUCGAUUGGAAGAUAAGUUUGUGGUGCGGACCUUUAAAUUCGGCAGAGAUGAUAGAGCGGCCGCAAUGAAUGCCCAACUCAAUGGGAAUGUGGAGUACUAUCGAGGCAAUAUGGCGAAGGCGGCCAUCUUCUAUGGUGCCACUUUGGAGCUUCCCGUAAUCGACGAGAAUGAGCGGGAUUAUUUCGUUGUUAGCAAAAUGCGUUUGGGUUACAUUGCCUACGAGAAUGGGGACUACUACAAGGUCAUUCAGGCCCUAAGCUAUCCGUACAUUGGCAAGCUGAUUCCCAUGGUCUCGAGCUAUCUUAUGGGCAAGGCCUUCUACAAGCUGGACAACCUCGAUAUGGCUCUGCAGUGCUUUGCCAACUGCACCCGAUCACAGAAUCAUGUGCCCAUCAUUUGGGGUUUUCUUGCUCUGAUUAAUCUCCGCUUGGGGGAAAACUACAAGGCCUUGGAGUGCUGGAAGUAUGCCAAGAUUGAUCCCCUUUUGGAAAUCGAUGAUGAGAUGAUCUUUGAGGAGCUGGCAGCCAUCGACUGUGACACCGUUGAUAUGUACAUCGAUGUGCCGGGCUUCCACAGCGAUGUAUCAUUUUUUGAGUAAUUUCCUGACCUGGGUGCAUGAGCGAUUUUGUAUAUAUUUUAUUUCAGUGGAAUGAGAACCCAUAAAU